GUCUGAAUGCAUUGAAUCUGAUGUCCAGGCGCAGUCAGUAGUAAAGCCCUCCUUUCAACAAGACUCUAGAAACUUGAAUCCCUUAACUCGACACCUGGCUGUUGUUCACCUUGGCUGUGUUUUUCGUCUGAUUAUGGUCUGCAAAGAGCUUGUUCAGUUGCCAAGUGUGUUAGAUGAGAAGACAGUUGAUCAAGCUUUCCUUGAUAAAUUGUCCUUCUGCUUAAGAAUUUUGAAGCUGCUUGGAAGUCUUUCCAAAGAUGUUCAAAGUAUAGAAAACGAUGGCUCAUUGUUACAGGCAGUAGCUUCAUUUACGGAUGCUUUUCCUAAGCUGUUUAAGGUUUUUUCUGAAUUCGCUAACCACACAGCUACAGAGGGUAAUAUUGAGAGUCUUUCUCUUGCGCUGGUGGAGGGAUUUCUUAAUCUCAUCCAACUCAUUUUUGGCAAGAGCAGUGUUUUUCAGAAUGUCCAGGCAUGUGUGUCAGCUUCUAUUCUCAACAAUCUAGAUGCCUCAGUGUGGAGAUAUGAUGCGUCCUCUUGUAAUUUGUCCCCUCCACUUGCUUACUUCCCUCGGUCUGUCAUCUACACAUUGAAACUCAUUCAAGAUCUCAAGAGACAACCAUACCAUAUCCAAGAU